GGGGCGGCCCGGAGCGGCGCUGCCGGGAUGGGAGCGUGAGAGGGGGCGAGUCCGCAGCCGGAGGAGCUGCGGUCUGUCGCGGGGGCUGGUGCCGACGGGUUCGGACCCGCCAUGGAGCCGGUGACCAAGUGGAGCCCGAAGCAAGUGGUGGACUGGACUAAGGGCCUGGAUGAUUGCCUGCAGCAGUAUGUCCCUAAAUUUGAACGGGAGAAGAUAAAUGGCGAACAGCUGUUACAGAUUUCUCAUCAGGACCUUGAAGAUUUAGGUAUCUCACGGAUUGGACACCAGGAACUGGUUCUAGAGGCUGUGGACCUGCUAUGUGCACUGAACUAUGGCCUUGAAACAGACAAUAUGAAGAACCUGGUUCUCAAGCUGCGAGGGUCGUCCAACAAUCUGCAAAACUACAUCAGCAGCCGUAGGAAAAGUUCCAGCUAUGAUGGCAAUACCUCUCGCAAGCCCCCCAAUGAAUUCCUUACUUCUGUUGUGGAGCUCAUUGGUGCUGCUAAAGCCUUGCUUGCGUGGUUGGACAGGACCCCAUUUACUGGUAUUGCUGACUUUUCAUCAAUGAAGAACAGAAUCAUUCAGCUCUGCUUGGACCUCACUACUACUGUUCAAAAGGAUUGCACUGUGGCUGACAUGGAAGAUAAAGUCCAGACUGUGGCCAAGACUUUAAAUGGCAUUUGUGAUAAAGCCAUCCGAUCAACUACAGACCCACUGAUGAGCCAGUGUGCCUGUCUGGAGGAGGUCCAUUUAACCAACAUCAAACCUGGGGAAGGCCUGGGAAUGUACAUCAAAUCAACUUAUGAUGGAUUGCAUGUAAUUACUGGAACUACAGAAAAUUCCCCUGCUGAUCGCUCCCAGAAGAUUCACGCUGGUGAUGAAGUGAUCCAGGUUAAUCGGCAAACUGUGGUUGGAUGGCAACUAAAAAAUCUGGUGGCAAAGUUGCGAGAGAAUCCUGCUGGAGUUAGGCUGCUGCUUAAGAAACGUCCUACUGGCUCUUUUCAUUUCACUCCUGCCCCACUGAAGAACCUGCGCUGGAAACCACCCUUGGUGCAGACCAGUCCUCCACCAGCUACAACUCAGUCACCAGAAAACACUGUGGAUACCUCCCUGAAGAAAGAGAAGCCAGCCAUUUUGGACCUGUACAUACCCCCUCCACCAGCUGUUCCAUAUUCUCCUCGAGAUGAGAAGGGGAGCUUUGUGUACGGAGGAGGCAACAAACGUGGUCAACCCCUACCUGGGUCCAAGGGCGCCGAGUCUCCCAAUUCUUUUCUGGAUCAGGAGAGCCGCAGGCGGAGGUUUACUAUCGCUGACUCGGAUCAGCUGCCAGGGUAUCCCAUGGAAGUAAAUAUUCUACCAGCCAAGAUGAGAGAAAAAACACAGUCCUAUGGAAAACCUCGUCCAUUGUCAAUGCCUGCUGAUGGAAGCUGGAUAGGAGCUGCAGAGCCCUUCUCUAGGCCACGAGGAUCAGGGAGAAAAGGUGAAGAUGUCCUCUGCAGGUACUUCAGCAAUGAAAGGAUACCUCCAAUCAUUGAGGAAAGCCCCUCCACGCAGCACCCGCUCUCCAGGCCAGUGUCUGACAAGCAGUUAGCGAGGGGAACAGAUUAUAUUCGAGGCAGCAGGUGUUGCAUGAAUACAGACCUCCACAACAGUGCAACAAUUCCUUUUCAAGAGGAAGGGGCUAAAAAGUCGUCGGUUACAUCGUCCACAAAAUCCUCCUCGACAGAGCCCUCGCUGCUGGUCAACUUGAUCACGAGACUGAAAUUGUUGACUCAUUGACUUGUCCCCAGUGCUGUUGCCAAGUGCCUUUGCUCGUUGGUCAGACUUCUCUGCUUUGCAGCUUAGCUGACACACAGUGACUAAUGUGGUUGUCUUUUCCUGGAGAAUCUUACACUUUUGCCUUUUUGUUUGUCAUUUUUGAUGGAUCAGAGGGUUUCACAGUGCAAGGAGGGGAGAAAGAUAAAGAUCAAGUUCCUCUUCCUGGCCAAAAACCGAAGGCAUUUAUUCCUGUGGAAAUGAGUAAAAUUUCAGUGAGGUAGAGGCCACACAUGACCUGGAAAAUGCGUAGUGACUCAGAGGAAAACAUUGCAUUGCUGUGAAGUCCAGUGGUACUUUAGUUGUCUGAAUGCUCAGAGGCUGGUGCAACUGGCAGGGUGUCAGAGUUUGCAGAGCUCACAGAAGUUGUCACUCUCCUGACUGGGAAAAUGAGCAGGGAAGCAGCAGUUUCAUGCAACUUGGUGAUGCUGCUUCAAGUACUGCAUGAGAUCAACCUUGUGAAGAAGUAGUAGUAGGGUUACUGUUCUUUCUCUGUUAUCCAGAGUUCCUAUGAAGUCUUAGGAAGAGAGUUCUCUUAUUCAGAGAUUUUGAGGAUGUUGGACUAAUUUAAUGAUAAAUCAAUCCAGCCUUAUAUAUAUAAUCUAUUUUAUUAAAAUCACAGUACAGAUAAGGAGCACCGAACAACUGCAGUGCUCAUCUGUGAAGGUAUAUGGAUUGCUACAACAUGCCAAGGAAAUGCAUCUGUAGAGGUGGUGAAAGAAUAUAUAUUUUUUUCCUUAAUUGUUUAAGAAUGACUUGCUGUUAACCAAAGUAACCUUUUAAAGACAGUCCUGUUGGACUUAUGAGAACUUUUACAGUGGUUCAGUUUUUGAAUUAUGUGUUGUUUUUAUGAAAAAUAUGUGCUAUUAUACACUACAAUUGUAAAACAUCUUGCUAUUUUCUAUAUAGCUCUAAUUUUUACCCCUCCAGAAUUUUAAAGCAGCAUUGGGUAUUUUGGGAGGAAAAUAAAACUUCUUUAACAAAAGAGGAGGAUAUUGAAGAGGUAUUGCUUAAGAAGGAAUGUACAUAAGAUUGUUAGUAUGCAAACAGUUGUGUCUAAAGUUAUUUAAAUGUUAAAUAUAGUUGUAUAUAUUUUUACAUUUAAACAGAUAGAGUUUGUACCUUCCUGUAUUGAAGUAUUGGGCACAGCUUAGUCAAAUGGAAAGAAAAUAAGAUUUCGUAUUACUUUCUAAUUAUAAGACUAACUAUUUUUGUAGGUGAUACAUUGCCAACAGCCUCUAUUCCUUUGGUCUUGCUGAAAAGAAGGAUUUAUAUUUAAUAAUUGGUAGAGGAAGAGGGACGUUAAAUGCUAGUUUGCACUUAGGAUGGGGACAAGAAUCACAUGUUUUUAACAGGAUGUUAAAAACACACUGUAAUUCUGUCUGUGAAGAUGUCACCAUUUGCUGCAAUGAGCUGAUGAAGUUGUGCUACAGCCCGACAGAGAGAGAGGGUGUUUCAAUCACUUCUCAAUUAAUUGUGUUUGAUUGUGACUCAAUAAUGACUGGGGAGGCUGGUCUGCACCUUUCUGAUCAAAGCAGAUAUGUCUGUCUUCUGCCAUGCUCCUCCAUUCCCUGAGAUGGCAGUCUGUACUAGAGACGUGCACUGCUGCUGUGUUUGCAGCUGAACCCUACAACAGUUUGGCCCUGCCUCCAAGAAAAGGGCUGAAAUUGCCGUGUUGUAGGUUCUGUGGUGUAGUAUAGUCCAGCCUCAAAAAGGCUGAACUGUUCUAAAGGUGUUGUCAAAACGAGACUUUUAAAGUGGAAAUUCUGCUCAUCUUCAAUGUAAUUUUCUGUACAUUAAAAAUGAAUGGGGGCCAUCUUGCUUAACCUCUUAUUGUGUAUAGUGAAUAUAGAGGAUGCUCUACAGUUUAGGGGUAAAAAAAAAUACCACAGCUCUAGGAAUAAUUCAGAACUGAUAUCCUUCUAGCUUAUCCUGCAAAAAAAUUUGUUAGUAAAGAAAAACUUGGUUCAUUUGUUGAUGUUGAAGGUAUGUGUAUCUAUCAGAUAAAAAACUGUAUCUAGACUGACUUCUCUAACAAGUACCACCUGUAUUUCCAGAUAUCCUGCUAUGGUACAGUAUUCCACAAUACUCUGAAUACAUUGUUAUGGUGACAAAACAAUGCAAUUAGUUGGAAAAGAUCAUAAACCCCACAAAAAUGGAAAAUAAUAUUUAAUACUCAUGCAUACAUGUAUAGGUGAGGAUCAUGCACUUUUGAAAUAUUGAGCAGGCUUCUGUGGUAGUCUGUAGAAUAUGUAAAAGCCAAUACCUUUGCUUUCUCUUAUCAUUGCAAAAAAAAAAAUACCUGAUUUCGGAUGGUAAUGUGUGAAAUAAGACAAAAAUGAACACUUAACGGCUUGUAGAGACAGCGUGCAGGCCAAUUCUCCAAGCCAUGUGUUUCCUCUAGUAUUAUGGACAAGUAAAUUAAUCAGUGUUUGAAUUCUGGAUGAUGAACAGAGGUGGACACAACACUGAGAGUAUUAUACUAAUUUUGUGCGAAUCAAUGAGCCGGUAACUCUUCCUUCCUCAUAAACAGGGCUUGUUUUAGAAACAACAUGCUCCAUACUCUUGGUGCUGAUUGAACAGAAAGGAGAGAAAGUAAAAAUCCAAAACUUAACCAAACCAGGAAACAGAUGGUGAAGACUAGCUUUAUAGUUGGGAGAGGAUAAAGAAUUUUCUUCUUGCAUAAAUGUUUCUUUAGUCCAAAUCUUGUGCCCUGUUUUAUUACACUGCCACCAGGUAGUCUUCACAAACUGCUCUGUACCUGCAAUCACAUCCUGCAUAGACCAAGUUAAACCCCUCUAGCAUCUUGAUGAAUCCCGUUCAAACCUUAUUUAGCAGGUUUUACUUCCCUAGGAACUUUCCUGCAUUCCUCAUUCAAUUUUUGGAAUAUCUUGCACAUGAUCCGGGCAGGAAGGCUUUCGUGCACAUGCAUUCUCAGAAAUGCCUUUGCCAGCAGGAUUGCUGUCUUGGGGGAGUGUGAAUAUUGGCUUCUGCUUGUGUUUUCUGCACUAAAAUAUUCAUCCCACAAUUUCUACCAUGCAUCCUAGUGCACCAUCUCAAAGUGUGAGAUUUAAAUGCUCACGGGCAAUUGGAAAGUAGUGUUGUGUCCUUUGGAGGAACCUUUCUGCUGUACAGCUGUGUCUUCUUUCUUCUCUGUAGCUUGAGCUUUACUUUGCACAUGCUGUGGUUAUGGAGCACGCACUCUUUGUGGCCAUCACAUGGGAAUGCUUUUGUCUCCUUGCAGGCUGUAAGGUUUUUAUAAUGGACAAGAACUCUUGAGGAAGCCACUGACUUAACUUGGCGUAUUCUGUGAUUCACUUAAAAUGCAGAAAGAGCACUCCAAAAACACUCAGUUUGGAGAAUGAAAAAAAGAGGGCGCAGGCUAAGCUAAAUGCAUAGGUCUGUGUUGUGUCAAAAGCUGGUUCAGAUGUGUGACAGUAACUCUGUAAAGAAAGCACCCCACACAAUUGCAGCACGCACAUUUGUUUCUACUGCUACAUUUGUAUGAAGCUAGAACAUGAAACAAAGGCAGUCUUUCAAAGCAGUUAUAUAUAGUUCUACACACCACACUUGAGCUGUAAGAUGUAUGACAAAAGCAAUCAAGAGUUGCUGUCAGUGUGUAAUUUCACUAAAUUCUGCUGUGUAUGCUGCUACUGCAUCAGUUUAAAAUAGUAACCUCUCUUUAUCCUGUUGCCUGCACAAUGCAAGUCCUUAACCAUCAGUUUUGUCUUUCUUUGUGAUAGUUAACAACUGCUGGUAAGGUUUUGUCAUUCCCACGGGGCCUUGUGCAGUGGUCCAAAAGCUUAGUUAGUUUGGGUUAUUCUGGACUUUGUUCAAAAGUGGCAAGUCAAAUUUAAAAAUGAUAUUACUGCUCCAACAUCACUUAGAGUUGGGAUUUUUUAUAUGUAUACUAAACAUGAAACAGACAGGAGUUGUCCGCUGCACAUACUUUGCCAGUAUGGAAGAAAAAAUGAGGAUUACAUACUCAGUGGAGGAAAAACCCCAGACCUUUGGGUGUCCUCCAGUUCCUGCCAGUGGGAGAAAUGUGUUUGUUUUAGCAUGACAUAGAAUAGAUGUAAACAUUUCUUUUUAAACCUCCCUGUGUGGUCACCUCAGUUUUAUAGAAUGAUGUAAGCCACUGACUUUCUCCCUUUAGUGGUCAUGACGUUACCCAAUAUAUUUUUUUGGGAGAGGGCAGAUAUCUCGGACAAUGUGAUUGAUCAACAGGAUAUGGAGACGGAGUAAUUAAACAUAAAAUAAGUGCCAGAGAGUGCUGAGUUAUAGGGAGAAUCCUUGGGGUUGGUUUAUGAUUGUGGUUUCUCUUUGCUCUCUGGUGAGGGUAAGUAAAUGUUCUCUGUGCCAGACAGCAGCCAAGGAAUCAGAGGACGAGAAGUUCCAGUUUACUGUGCCAUCUUCAGCUGAGAGGGGUAGUUGCUUGGGCUUUUACGGUUGUUUCUGAUACCCCACAACCUCCUUGGUAAGUAGCCCUAUUUCAGUGCAAGUAGCCAGAGUAGGAGCUGUUGAAAUGUACCUCUGGAGCAAAGCUGACAAGAUCCUGAUGGAUCACUAGGCUGUGCUGACUGAUGGUGCUCAGCCACCAUGCAUUUAGAUGUGCUCUGGGAGUACCUUUACAGGUGAGGAACCUCAGACCUUUGUGACCUUUGCUUAUAAGCUUUUUUGUUUGGGCAAUAUUUACUGAGAAACAUAAAAUAUGCCACAGUCUAAACUGAUAUUUAAUGUUUUGACUGUGUAUUUAAUGUUUUGAGGGUUUUUUUCCCCAAGUAAUUGCAUACUUCUCAGUGAUGCUUAUUAAUGUGUUUUCCUCUUUCAUCCCCAAUUAGCUGUUUCAGUACCAAUGUUUCUAAUGAAAUCCGCCCAUAUUUCCAGUGAAAGUGUUCAUAAUGCCAAGUAGUUACAAAUGAGCCUUAAAAUUUUAGUCUGUAAACUGUGGAAGAACCCCAACUGAACAAAACUCCAUUAGCAAAACACAAGCAAAAACCACCUUUUUCUGCCUUGUGAAUAACAACUUCAUGAAUGGUAAUGAAUAAUAAUGAAACUAAGGAUUUUCAUCCAGGUAAAAUAUCAACCAAACCUUAGUGGAUACAUCUUGAGUGGUUAGUUUGGUUAUAUUACAUGUAAGUAGAAAGUGGGGGCUGUAGUUCAGAUAUUGUAGAUUUUUGCAGAGCAACUGUGGUGUUUAAAUGAGUCUCCACAGAGCAUGACCAAAGGCUUUCUUAGGUGUAACACAGUUUUAGCUGGAGCUCUCUUUCCCAUGUCACUGAAUGUUCCAUUGAAUGUGCAGAAGUUUUAAUGCUGUCUGGCAUAAUUCUCGACUACUGGUUUCUAGGGGGGCAAGUUGGUAUAAGUUCCUAUAAGUGAGUAGGAUGAGAGCAAAAUAAAUGAUGUCCUAAAUUAA